CCCGGCCCUUCAGCACUGGGCCAGCUCCAGCACCAUGGCUUUCUCCUGGCAGGCAGUGCUGGCCUGCAGGAAAUACCUCAUCAUCGUCCUGGUCCCCCUGGUGUUCCUCCCUCUGCCUCUGGUUCUGCCCACCAAGGAGGCAAUGUGUGGCUAUGUGAUCAUUGUGAUGGCACUUUUCUGGUGCACAGAAGCCCUGCCUUUGGCUGUCACAGCUCUCCUGCCCGUCCUGCUGUUCCCACUCAUGAAUAUCAUGGAUUCAACAACAGUCUGUCAGGAGUACUUGAAGGACACCAACAUGCUCUUUUUGGGGGGCCUGGUGAUGGCCAUUGCCAUCGAGACCUGGAACCUGCACAAGCGAGUGGCUCUGAGGGUCCUGCUGAUCACUGGUGUCAGGCCAGCCCUACUCCUGAUGGGUUUCAUGGUGGUGACAGCUUUCCUGUCCAUGUGGAUCAGCAACACAGCCACCACUGCCAUGAUGGUCCCCAUCGCUCAGGCCGUGAUGGAGCAGCUGCACAAGUCAGAAGCACAGUCUGACACCUCUGGCCAAGGGUCUGAACACACCAACAAAGCCUUUGAGCUGCAGGAAAAGUCACCUGAGAGCCUCAAAGAGACAGAGGAAAAGCCAGAGGAAAAAGGUAAUUCUCAUGUCCUGGUAGUUGAGGAAGAGAGAAAGAGAAAUGAAGAGAUUGAGAAGAAACACUUGAAGCUGUCCAAGGGAAUGUCCCUCUGUAUUUGUUACUCAUCCAGCAUUGGAGGGAUCGCCACUCUGACUGGGACAACCCCAAAUCUGGUGCUGCAAGGACAAGUUAAUGACAUCUAUAAAGACAAUGGUGGCAUCAUCAACUUUGCCUCCUGGUUCUCCUUCGCCUUCCCCACCAUGGUGGUGCUGCUGAUUUUGGCGUGGAUUUGGCUGCAGAUCCUGUACUUGGGCUUCAAUUUUAAGAAGAAUUUUGGUUGUGGUGCCAGUCCUGCUGCCAAGGCUAAGGAGCAACAGGCCUAUGAAAUCAUCAAGGAAGAGAGCAAGAAACUGGGCAAAAUGAGCUUUGCAGAAAUAGAAGUUUUAAUCCUCUUCAUUCUCCUGGUGGUGUUGUGGUUCACAAGAGAACCUGGGUUCAUCCCAGGCUGGGCAACAGUUCUUUUCAACAAAAAUAAUACAAGCUAUGUCACUGAUGCCACAGUCGCCCUCUUCAUCUCAGUGUUGCUCUUCAUCCUCCCUUCUGGCUUUUCCAACCAGGACAGAGACCCAGAGCAAACAGGGGGCAGGGCAAGGUUCCGGGCGCCUCCACCCCUCCUGGACUGGAAGGUUGUUCAGGAGAAGAUGCCGUGGAACAUCGUGUUCCUGCUGGGAGGUGGCUUUGCCUUGGCCAAAGGCAGCGAGGAAUCUGGUCUGUCUGCGUGGCUGGGCACCAAACUGACCCCUCUGGAGAGCAUCCCUCCCCCAGCCAUUGCCUUCCUCCUCUGCCUCCUCAUCGCCACCUUCACCGAGUGCACCAGCAACGUGGCCACCACCACCCUCUUCCUCCCCAUUCUGGCUUCCAUGGCUGAAGCAAUCUGCCUCAACCCUCUCUAUGUCAUGCUGCCCUGCACACUCUCUGCAUCGCUGGCCUUCAUGCUCCCCGUGGCAACUCCUCCCAAUGCCAUCGUCUUCUCCUAUGGACAGCUCAGGGUUAUUGAUAUGGCCAAAGCUGGGUUUGUACUCAACAUCCUGGGAGUCCUGACCAUAACUCUGGCCAUCAACACCUGGGCUUCAUCCUUGUUCCAGCUGCAGACCUUCCCAUCGUGGGCAAACAGGACAGGGACCUGCCUGUGACCUGGGACAGACAGAGCCAGCACUGCCCCUGCCAGAGCUGCAAGGACAGCAGGGCUGUCACCCACCGAGCUCUAGGGAAAAGCCUGUUCUGGGGAAAAGGACAAGCAAAAUCCUCCCAAUGGAAGCAGCAGUAAAAUUGCCCGGUUGCUGUUGGGUUUUGCCACCCCAGCAGGAGGAUGAGGUGAUUUUUGGCUUUCCAGCCCUCCCACCUUUAGGUUUUCUGCCUCUUCAGGGGUGUUUGCCCCCAGUGCUUUUCCAGUAAGUCUGAAAUCUGCAGCGAGAAAAAAAGAGAGAGGUGUGAAUAGAGAAAAGGAAGGAGAGAGACUCUGGGUUCCUGAUUUUGUGCACAGGCCUGUGCUGUCACAGCUCUCCUGUAUAUGUAUAAAUGUUCAAGGUGUACAUGAUUGUUAUACACUCUGUGGGCAAGCUGUGUGUUGUGUGAAAAAUCACUGUCAGCCCCUCCCAUUUUGAAAUAUAUUUAUUUGCAGUCCCCUUGUUAGGAAUGUAAAAGAUGAAUUUUCUCCCGGAGCAUCCACCCCUGGUGUUAUUUAUGUCAGAUUACAGCCUGCAAGUUCAUGGUAAGACCUUUCCUUGAAAAGGAGAGAACCCGUGUCCUAAAAUAUGUAUGAUUGAAUUAAAGAUUUUUUUUAAUGUA